CUCCUGCGCGUUUCUAAUAACCAAUUUCUUUAUCCAUCCACUAUUUGCAUAGGACUUUCGUCAUUUGUCUUAUUUGAAAUACCUUCGCCGCCCUCUUCACUGACCCACCAGUAUCACUAUCACCGACAAAUAAUGCCUGGUCAAUGUUGAAUGGAGUUUCUUCCCCAUAUGCCUCCAUGACAAGCUACAGCGGACGGUUUUCGACAUCCUCUUCGACCACCAGCCUUUCCUUACAUCCUCAGCGUUGACUCAGGAACGGCCUAUAAUCCAAGCCAGUGUCAGUCGCAAGCGCAAUGGCAGCCCAGGCCACCCCGGUCCUCGACCGAUUCCUGUCAGGGAUUGCCGAUAUCGUUCGGAGUCGCGACGGGGCCAAACUCCAGGACUUUCUGCAGAUCGAACCCCCGCUAUCCGAGAUAUACCAGCAGAUGCUGGUGGAGCUCCGACAGCAGUAUCCUAGCGGCUCACGGAAAGAGGCGGACUUAUUGCGACGAUGCGAAGGGCUGGUCCCGCGCUCGAAAGAUACUAGUAGUUCCUGGAUCGCGUUUCCGACCUUUAUGAAACUCUACUUUACCUUUUUACGCGAUGUGAACGUCGAAAAUUUGCUGGACACGUAUAACCUUCUGAAAGGUCUCCUCAACCAGUGCGUGUUGGCCCUCGGGGACAGCCAGUUCGGUGUGAUCGUCCUACCAACAGUCCUUUACCUCUCGAAAGUCCUAGCAAAACUAGCCAUGGGUUUGGAUAAGCGACCGGAUUUGAUCGCGCAGAUACUGAGGAUGGAGGGCCGCUCCGACCAGGAUGAUAGCGUCGAGAAAGUGACCUUGGUAGAGAAGUCGGCGAAUGUGGUUCGGGAAGCCUUCAUCAAGUGCCUCACCGAUCGCAGCGGUACGCCAGGGCCCACGGGCAAGCCCGAAGGAAAGCGCGUCGGGAUCUACCUCAUGGCCAAUCUGUGUUUGAAACUCCUCUUCCAAUGCGGCAAACUGCGGAAUGCAGAACAGAUGUUCGCCAGUAUCAGCGCCCAAUCUCCUCCGUUGACCUAUUUUCCGGCGUCGCAACGAGUCACCUAUCUCUACUACCUCGGACGAUACCUCUUCUCCAACAAUUUAUUCCACCCCGCUCGCAUCGCCCUCCAAGCGGCAUACAACCAAUGCCACAGGCAGGGCAUCAACCAGAAACGCGUCAUCCUCACCUAUCUCAUCCCGUGUAACAUCAUAAUGGGCCGAUUUCCGUCCUUGAAACUGCUGGGGCUGCCCGAGGCGGAGGGGCUGGCAGAUAAAUUCGUCCCGAUCUGCCGGCUGAUCGUGCGCGGUGACUACAUCGCCUUUCGUGAGCACCUGGCAGGGGGUUCGGAAGUGAGCGAGUGGUUUGCACAGCGCGGCAUCUUACUGGCCGUCCGUAAUCGAUGUGAGAUCCUCGUCUGGCGGUCGCUGGCCCGAAAAGUGUUUAUCCACGGGGGCUUCCAUGGCGAGUUGCAGGGGACGGCCCAACGUGGCCCGCCGCCUUUCCUGUACUUGGCGAAGCUCGAAACCGCUGUCCGGUGGCUUCAGUCGCAACACUCCGGAUCCAAUCGCAAUCUCGCCGUACGGCCACCGGACCAUGAUAUGGAUGCGCGGGCAGGUGACAACCGCGUGGGAUCGCAGCUCAUCUAUAAAUCCUCCGAUCCGGAUUUUGUCGGUGGAAACGCCGCUGAUAGCCCGCUCGACGGUGCGCUGAUGGCCCAGUAUGGCGACUACCUGGCCCCAGACGGGCAUUUCGACGCCCAAGGGCAGUACCACAGUAAUCCCACCCGGGGUCUAGUCGACGGACCACCCAACACGGACUAUCAGGAACACGAGCUGGAUCCUUAUGCGCAGCGGACCGUGGGACAGUCGGCGCUGGGGCAGGACCCGGGGAAGCCGACCACGAUGAUGCGCGAGCUCGAAUCGAUCCUCGCCUCCAUUCUAACCCAAGGGUUGAUGCGCGGCUAUCUCACGCACCGCAACCCUCGUUUCGCCAUUCCGGGCGCGCGACUGCGUGGUGCGUUGCCCACGGGAUUCCCCAACGUGUGGCACACCAUUGCCGCUCGCGAAGCAGACGACGACAGUGUUCCGGGGUGGGUGAAACCCCCGGCUCCGAUGAAGACCAUGGCACCCGCCGCAGCGGGUGGUGGGCGCGUGGUGAAUCUAUCGGGGGCACGGCCAGUAGGCGUACAAUGAUGGAGAAUGAGACAGAUGGUGGCGUCUUG